AUGCCGCCACCGGAAGAACAGCCAUCGGGAUUCACCUGUCCCCCAAUGACCGUGACAAAUUCGGUGGGCGACUCCCUUGAACUUGGCAACGAUUGUGCUCUCAAGUUCUCCCCUGCGGAAACGGCUAGUGUCACUGCGACAGUAGAAAUGCUGAGAGUGAGGCAAAACAUAUGCCCGCCCACUCGCACAACGGCAACGGUCUAUAAAACUAUAGGCACGAAUGAUGUGGCAACAAUAACUGCGACUGUUACUGCAGAGAACUCCCCUCGGCUUGAUUUCACCUGCCCCCCCAUGACGGCAACGAAUUCGCUGGGUGAUGAGCUGGCUAUGGACGACAAGUGUUCGCUGCAACUGUCCUUGUCAGAGCCGACGGAAACCCGCAAGCCCAACGCCGCUGGGAGAAUUGAUAUGCUCGGGAUGUCGCAUUGUGCACUAUUGGGAAGCAUUUUCGCGUUUCUAGUUGGUCUGUAUGCGUAA